AUGGAAGAGGCCCAGAAAGUCGGUAAUGCCCGAAGAUUAUUUCAGUUGAUCCGUGCGACCGGUCCCCGGAACACCGAUGUCAUGCUAAUACUGAACACCGUUAAGCUGCGUCGCCGAGCAACCUUAAGUGUGAUUGUCAGUCAGUUGCGACGGAUAAAAAUACGAACAAACGCAACAAAAAUAUAUGGAUUGAUGAACAAGACGGGAGAAGCAUGCAAACCGGACAAGAUGGUGGGCACUGAGGCCCAGUGA